AGCGAAUCAAAAGUGGACUCACAUUUGCCGCAUUGACUCUCGAAGCGCAAAAAUUGUUGAAAUUUGACGAGAAAUAUCGUGAAAUUUUACAGAAAUCUUAGUUCAAUCUUUAGUUCUUACCACAAAUUGACGAAAAAAUGUUUUGGGGUCUCAUCUUGAAAAACGGCAAAAAGUAUUCACAAACUGUGAGUAAAGCCUUUCAUCUGUCUGCCGCCUCGUUGGAUACGACUUCCGCGAAAAAUGGCGACAUCCAAGUGCUUUUGACAUCCGACAACAAUGUCUACAUCUUGUGCACACUCAACAAGGAUAAUGACAAGCAACGCAGUUUGGACUUGAAUUUCGCGGAAGGCGAUAAAAUUUGCUUCAGCAUCAAGGGCGAGGGCAUCGUGCAUUUGACGGGCUUCCUCAUUCCCGACUCCGAUGACUUUAUGGACAUGAGUGACGAGGAGGAAGCGGAUGACAGUGUCGUUUCGGACAAAAAGGGAGCCGCUAAUGGCAAAGCCGCGAAAAAAAAUGCCUUGGAAAAGUUGGUUUCGGGCGAAGCUGACUCGGAUUCCGAUGAAAUGGAUGACACUUUUGACCCCUCGAAGCCUCAGGAAGACGACGAUGAUGAGGAUGAUGAUGAUGAUGAUGACGAUGAUGAGGAAGCGGAAGCUGAAGAGGAUGACGAUGAAGAUGAUGACGACGACGACGACGAUGAUGAUGACGACGAAGAAGAAGAUUCGGACGAAGAAGAGGAAGAUGCUCAGCCCGCCAAGAAGCUCCAAAAGGGACAAGAUGGUCAAAAAGUCAAGCAAAAUGGCGUCGAACAGAACGGCAAAGCUGCUUCAAAGGAACAACAAAAGAAGGAAAAGUCCCAACCACAAGGUCCCAAAACCUUGCAAGGCGGCGUUCAAGUGCAAGAUUUAGUCACGGGCAAUGGUCCCGAAGCGAAGCCCGGCAAAAAAGUCGCCGUGUACUACGAAGGUCGUCUCAAGUCGAACAACAAGGUCUUCGAUAGCACAAAGAAGGGCAACGGUUUCAAAUUCAAGCUCGGCGGCGGCGAAGUCAUUAAGGGAUGGGACGUUGGAGUCGCAGGCAUGAAAGUUGGAGGCAAGCGUCGCAUCACGUGCCCCCCGCAUAUGGCAUACGGACAAAAGGGAUCGCCUCCCGUGAUUCCUGGCAAUGCCACACUCGUUUUCGACGUGGAAUUAAAGAAUGUUCUUUAAGUCUGCUAAAUUAGUUGUUAAUUAAUUUCUUCUUUUUUUUCUACACAAAAAAAAACUUAACAUUUCAUCUUACAUUUUAUUAUGAUUACUCUGUAUUGCUACAAUUUACAUUUAAGUUUGACAUAGAUGAACUAAAAUUCCAGUUAUUUCAUGCCAUUUUAUUCAUAGUUAGUUGCGUUUCGACAGACGUCACAUGCAUUAUACACCACAGUUCAAUAUUUUUAUCGAAUGAAAAUAAAAUUAAAAAAUAAAAUUUAAAGAUGUGAA